AUGGUAAUAUGCCAAUUCUACCAGGAACUCUCUCUGCAGGCCAUCCAUGGCUUCCGAGAGACAGAAAAGUCUCGCUGGUCAGAGGCAAGCCGGGCCAUCCUGCAGCGUGUUCAGGCAGCCGCCUUUGGCCCAGGCCAGACCCUGCUGUCCUCAGUGCACGUGCUGGACCUGGAACCUCGGGGCUACAUCAAGCCACACGUUGACAGCAUCAAGUUCUGUGGAACCACCAUCGCUGGCCUGUCCCUGCUGUCUCCCAGUGUCAUGCGGCUGGUACACACCCAGGAGCCUGGGGAGUGGCUAGAACUCUUGCUGGAGCCAUGCUCACUGUACAUCCUUAGAGACUCUGCCCGUUAUGACUUCUCCCAUGAGAUCCUUCGGGAUGAAGAGUCCUUUUUUGGGAAACUUCGGGUUCCCCGAGGCCGACGCAUCUCCGUGAUCUGCCGCUCCCUCCCUGAGGGGCUAGGACCAGAGGAGCCUGGGCAGCCACCCCCAGCCUGCUGACCCCCAGGCCCUUUGCCCAGCUUCUCAGGGACACUGUUUGUGAAUAAAGCUAGGAAAUGGACAAGGUG